CCUGUAUAUGUGUGUGAAGUAGGCAGCAAGGUCUUCCACCCAAACACCUAUAUGUAUAUGCAUAAAUACAUAACCUGCAGCUUUCUCACAACAAACUGUACUUAUAUCGCAGAUCAACGUUUCAUCGUGAAGCUUCCACUAAGCGCACCAUCUUCCUCAUAUUGGAGAAUCUAAUGUAAUUUGUAUGGACUGGUACUGGUCAGUGUUACUAGGUUCGGUUUUUACUGGCACCCAUAGUUAAUAUGGGUAUCUUUAGCCGCAAACAUAAAAAUUCCUAACAUAUUCUUGAUUAUGUGUGUAUUGUAAAUUAUGUCUCUGUUUUACACUAAAUAUUGCCCCCUGAUGAACCAUUGCUCAAUGGCGAGACAGGUUGGGGCUUUAGAAUAGGGUACUCAUUCUCCGUGGAUUUGUUAUAAGUACCCAUCCGAUCACGGAGCUGUUGUUUAUUUUCUAAUUGUGGUUUGUACAUUAAAUUGGUCUUGUUUUCACUACCUAUUAGUGGUGCUUUUGCAUUUUUAUCUACCAGCUAGGGCCUUUAGCUCUGGGGCUCCUUAUCUCUUAUACAAUGAAAAUUGCUUAUAUGAGCUAUAUAUCGUUACAUCUAGGUUUAAAUUUAGUAUACUCUCUUUGGAGAUCAGUGAUUUGUUAACUAAAAGACAAACAGAACUGACACUGGCAGUACAGGAUAACAUAGGCAAGAUGGAAACAGAACUUGGAGUACAGCAGGAACACAAGCAGGAAAUAACGCAGGAUAAAUGCAGGUAAAUCACAAUAGCACUAGACAAACACUUUUGCUGGUCACCAGGGAACCUAAAGCUCAGGCACCGUCUGGGUGGAGUGUGCUACUCAGGUACCCCUAGCCAUUUGCUGAGGACAGAGGCUGGAGUACUAGGUAGAAGCAUGGGGACAGCAGCAUGGUGAGCAGUGGGGCACCUCUGGCACAGGGGAGAGAAGGGCAAUGACAGCCAUGGGCCGCUGUCCUAACGGUACUGAUUGCAUAUUUAUUUUAAUGGGAAGUGGGAAAUAAACCAUUGUCAGACCCUCAUGGGUACAAUUUAUCAGGCAUCCAACAUGUCAUUGGAGAUUUCGGUGGACAGUCUGGUGGCACCACAGUAGGUCUUAUGCUGAUCCUACAAAAAUUAACAGGAAAAGCCAACUUCUAUCUAAUUUGUAUGGUCAGCUUUAUCAGACAAGCUAAACACUUAAAUGGAUUGGCGCAAAAACAACAGUGAUUAACUGUCUAAUAGGUGAUAAAUAUAUGACUGUGAGGGGUCCAUUUACUCUCUCAGUCCCAUGCGCCACUAGCCAGUAAACCAGGGGACUCAGGACCACCGUUCUUUUGAUUGGUGGGGGUCCUGAGUCCCCUGUAACUGUAAUUAAAAUGUAAAAGAAAACAAUUAUUAAUUCAAAGAUCUUUCAUCACCUCUACUGUUGCUUUUGCUUUCUUCAGAUUAAAUGGAAUGAAUCUCUCUUGAGGAAUGAAUAAGGAAACACUUGUACCAGUCACAUUGCUAACUGAUUGGGUCCAAAUUGACCAGGGACACUUUGGAUCUGUAUACAAAGCAAAGCAUAAAGUUUUUAAGGUUGAUGUGGCAGUUAAGAAACUUAAAGGGAAUAUAUCACAGGGCCUUACAGAUCUCUGUUCUGAGGCAGAGAAGAUGAAUUCUGCCUCAGCCAGCCCUUUCAUAAUCCGCCUGUAUGGGAUCUUGAAGGAAAAUCUGCAUGGAAUUCCUGGUAUCGUGAUGGAAUAUAUGGAGAAUGGCAGUUUAUAUACACUAAUGGAGAGAGUUAAUCCCAUUCCUUGGGCCUUGAAAUUUCGUUUCAUUUAUGAAGUGACAUUAGGAAUGAACUGGCUGCAUAAUCUGUCCACUCCUCUGCUACACUUGGACCUCAAAACAAAGAACGUUCUAGUAGAUGAGGGGCUCCACAUAAAGAUCUCAGACUUUGGCUUGUCCAAGUAUACAAGUGGACCUGAAGACUGUAAUGGGGUUGGGGGUACCCUGGAGUACAUGCCACCUGAAGCAUUCCAAGAAGGGUACCAGCCAAGCGCAUCAACCGAUGUUUACAGCUUUGCCAUCUUAACUGUAGUGGUGCUUAGAGGAGAAAGUCCUUAUCCUGUUGACAAAUCUGUCUUGAUACGUGAACAUGUUUCUCAUGGCCAGCGCCCAUGCCUUCGGGAAUUGGAAAUGGAGAAGUCAGUGAGAUAUCUAAAUGAGGCAAUUCAGUUCACCAAACACUGCUGGGAUAAUGACAAGUCCAAGAGGCCUCCGUUUAGUGAAUGUUGUAACAAAUGGGAGACAUUUUUCAGUGCACAUGAAAAAGAUAUUAGACAAGCGGUUAGACAAGUACAAGACAAGAUGGAUUCUCCUGUGUCUUCUGGUAAUACAAACGAUAUUUCAUAUAAAAAGGACACAGCGUCUGUAAAUACUAAAGAAAUGUCGGACAUGGUUCACAGAUUACAUACUCUGAGGUUUUCUGAAGCCCAACCUGCAUUAUCGGAGUCUGUGCCUCACAAAAUGCCACGUCAGCCUCCAAGGGUUCGUCCAGAAAUUCCACCACAAGGAGCUUUGGGAUCUCAUUACAGACCUAAAUCUAUGUAUUACCCAGAGUCGGUGCCUAUAAGGAGUUCUUCACAAAGUCAACAUCUAAGAGGUCCUCAAGUAACUAUACCGCCCGGUUACCCACCAGGAGUUAUGGGACCUAACUAUGGACAUCCUUCUCAAUAUUCCACAGGUGCUCCUCUAAAUUGGAAUCAACUGUUUCCACCUUAUUAUAAUUUUGUUCAACCUGCUACAUCUAACCCAACUACAAUAAAUAUUUCCGGUUGUACGAAUUUUCAAAUUGGAGAUAAUACCAUCAUGAAUGUGAAAGAACCACAAUAUUCUAGUCCACUUCGAAACAUGAGCUACAGGCAACCAGUCUCCACCAUGAGAAAUCACUAUUUUGCAAUGAUGAGACCAGAAACAAGACAGACUACUCAAGGAGAUUACAACACGUCGGCAAGAGAAGCAUUUCCAGAUCAGCCUUUCAACCAGGAGACUGUAGUUAAGAGUGAUCAAGAAUCCCACAUCCGUCCAAUACAAACCUCACCUGAAGGACAUUUCAGUAAUGCACGCAACCCACAACAAGUAGCUCAAGGCAGCAUGUCCACCACAGAAAAGCCCACAACAGGACAAUGACUUUUUUCAUGGUUUUGUGACUUUGGGGUGAGAGGAUUUGUUUUUUACCUUUUAGGCUACCUGUACAUGUUGCAGAAUACUAGUGGUUUUUGUGCAUGUAUUCCUGUGUGGAAAAAGCACCAUAUAGUACGGUACCGGUAAAGUAUAUUAGAUUAAACUAAUCAGAAUGCAGAUUUUUUUUUCUGUGCUGAAAUUGACCUGCAGUCCGGAUAUCUAAAUCCACAGCAUUUCAAUUAUGUUUUCUGUUUUAGUUGUGGAUUUCACCCUUUUCAAAUGAUUGUGAGAUCUACGAAAUUGUGUUUUUUGGCGCAGUUUGAGUGUAGAAACACACAGAAAUUUGCAUGGAAAUUUCUGUGGAUCUUCUGCAUAUUCACCUGCACCCUUGUGCAGGUACCCUUAGGGGUAGAGAUGAGCCAGUCGACUUCAGAUGAAACAUAUGAAGUCGAUUUGCAUAAAACUUUGUUUUAAUACUAUACGGAGCUAGCGCUCCAUACAGUAUUAGGGCUUUUUCACACGGCAGUAGUGCACCCGUGGCCGUAUUGAGGGACACAUACGGCGGUUCCGCAAUACACGCGUCACCAGCUGUGUGCAUUCCGCAUUACGGGUGCGAACCCAUUCGGUUUGCAUAAAACUUUGUUUCAAUCGCGUAAUAACUUCAU